AGUGGGUAGCUGGUCAUUCACGGCUCACAGCCUGCUUUGCUGCGAACACCAACUCAAGUCGUUAUUAGUAGCAUUACUAUAACUAGUGCCACCACACUUCUUUCUUCCCUAUUCUGUGAUAUAGUGCUCUUUGUUCUCGUAGCUAUCUACGCUGAUCUCCUCUACCGCGUGUGUUCUGCGUCAGCGCCUCAACAGUAUUUGGUGGUUUAUCGGAAAGUGUGUCUCUUACGUCUUUAUUAUUAUUGUUGUUAUUUUGCUUGUUUCGUGGAGCUUCGUUGUCUUCUUCUUUUUUUCUUCUUACGUCCGUCCUUUUGCUUUGCGAUCGCGAUUGCCGCUUUAGCUUCUUCGCUUUGCCCCUCUUUUAAAAAGCGAGAAUCGCCCUAAACGGAAGCUGCACGAUGCUCUCCGACAAUAAAAACCCCUUCGAAGCGGAGUACCAGCGGACGGCGUCCCCUGCAGCCCCGGCGACGCCUCCGCCGCACCUCUCUCCACACACCACCAACUCCCCAACGAGGGACACAGCGGCGACGACAAGCACCACCAUCCACGGCUACGACACAACGAUGACCACCAUCCACACCGGCAGCAACGCCGCCUCGAAUGACGCCGCAACGGUGGAGAUGCUGCCGGCUGGGCAUUCCGUCUUCACGCCGUUGUCGUCCCCGCACGCCGCCGUCGCCAGCGCCACGACGCUCAACGACUCCGUCACGAUCCACGUCCAGGCCGGCCACCCCAGCCGAGUCGUCUUAGCCCGCUUCCGUGUCGACCCGGCCUUCAAAGGCAAGGAAGUGGUGCGGGCGAUUACGUACUUUCCGAUCACGACGGAGAUUUUGGUGGACAACGACGCGAGUUUUACAGUGCCGGAUAUCCCACUGGACGCGCCGCACCUGACGGGCAUCGACAUGGGUGUGAAGCGGAGUGACUGGUCCCGCGGCAACUCCGCCACGGUGGAGCGUCGUUACAGCGAGGUGGUGGACCUGCGGGAGCUGCUCACGUACCAGUUCCCCACCCUCAUCCUCCCGCCCCUGCCGCGCAAGUCAAGUGUGGGCGACAUCGAGACCUACUUCAGCGCGUCGGAUGCCUUCGCGGCGCAGCGGCACAAGCUGCAGUUCUUUCUGUAUGAGGUGGCUGCCAUGCCGGAGGUGAUUUUCUUUUCGGAGUGGGUCGCGCCCUUCUUCCUCGACCCGCGAGACACCUUCGAAACGGGGACGCUGCUGCGCAUGCGGGCCGCCCUGCGUGAUGUGCGGCUGGCCAACCGCGCCUUCCACGAGUGCAGCCGGCGGCACCGCAGCUUCACCGACUACACGGCGAACAAAAUCGCCGCGAAAUCGAGCAGCUUCGUCCGCUCCAUCGCCGGGUUCUUCUUCUCAUCGAAGAGCAGCGACGAGUCAUCGGAAAGCAUGCUAGGCGGUGGUGGCAGCAGCAGCAACAUGCCCGUGCCCACAACGUCGUCCUCUGGCACCUACGACUGGACCUACCUCCCGCCCGAAGCGAAGUCCGACGCCUGUGCGUGGGUGCGGGUGUGCGAGCAGCUUACCCGGCGUCAACAGGCCAUGAAGGAGUCGUCGCGCUGCUUUGAGAAGUACUUGGCGUCGUUGACGCAGACGAACGAUGCCCAGCUGAUGGUGGCGCAGUCGUUCGAGAGUUACGAGUUCACCCUGCGCUCCACGCCGGCCUUUGCGUCGCUGGGCGAGCAGCACCACCUCGCGGCCCGCCUGAUCGAUGCCGUCUCCAUGAAGCGCCGCGACUUUCUCGAGCGCAAGUACGUGAACGUGUGCAUGCGUCUCAGCUUCGAAAGCAACCUGAUCGAUGCGGUGCUGGACGCGGUGGACACGGUCCUGGGGCAGUAUCAGUUCCUCUCCAGCGCCCAGCUGAUGAACACGCGUGACCGGACGCAGGAGGAGGCACUGCGCUACACCCAAGCGGUGAGCCGAGCGCUGCUGGUGGACUACCGGGAUCGCUACAAGUUCAACUACAACAAACGUAUGCGCAAUCUUAUUCGAGAGCAAAUCGCCCGCCCGUCGUACGAGCUCGCCUCCGCCGUCGAGCAGGUGACGCGAAGCUCGGACUUGCUGCGUGAGGUGCAAGACGCCUCCUUCACGGCGGUAGACGUGCAGGGCACCGCUGGAGCGUCCGCUGCUUAG